UGCCCCAGCCACACUCACAGGAGGACAUUGCUACACUGCCGCUAUAAAAGACUGGGCAACACGGAGUUCAGCAUCAGUUUCAUCAAGCACACUCACCAUGAAGUUUGUGAUCCUCGCCGCCCUGGCCGCUGUGGCUGUCGCCGCACCCAAGCCUGACUACGCUCAUUCCGAAGAGAGUGCAGAGCAUGUGGCCAUCCUGAAGGACGUCCGUGUUCACGAGGACGACGGCAGGUACAGCGUCGACGUGGAGACUGGCGACGGUAUCGUCCUGUCCCAGGCUGGCUCUCCUGACGGUCCUGAUGGCGCCAUAGUGAAGUCUGGAAGCUAUUCCUACACUGCUCCUGACGGCACCCCAGUUUACGUGAAGUUCGUCGCCGACGAGAACGGCUACCAGCCCCAGUCUGACCUGCUGCCAGUGGCUCCCGAGUUCCCCCACCCAAUCCCUCAGUUCGUGCUGGACCAGAUCGCCUUCGCUGCUGCAGAAGACGCUGCCCGCGGCUCUGACGAGUCCGUUGAGGCUCCUUCCUUCACCUACGGCGCCCCUUAAGAACUCUGGCUUCUAAGAAUGACUUGUGUAGUGUUCAUAUGUAAUUAAUCUAUUUAUUCUGAAAUAAAUAAAUAAUAAAUAAUUCUUAAAUGUU